AUCAAUGGCCAUCCAAAACUGGACAGACACCGUGAGCACCCUCCUGGUUAUGACAGCUCUUCUACCAUGAUGAGUAGUGAGCUGGAAUCCAGCAGUUUCAUUGACUCUGAUGAUGAUGACAACACAAGCAGGUUGAGUAGCUCCACUGAGCAAAGUACUUCAUCCCGGCUCAUACGGAAGCAUAAACGCAGGAGGAGGAAACAAAGGAUGCGGCAGAUUGACAGGUCGUCUUCGUUCAGCAGCAUCACUGAUUCUACCAUGUCCCUAAAUAUCAUCACUGUCACACUUAACAUGGAAAAGUAUAACUUCCUGGGAAUCAGCAUUGUAGGACAGAGCAAUGACCGGGGUGAUGGUGGCAUAUACAUUGGCUCUAUUAUGAAAGGAGGGGCUGUGGCAGCAGAUGGCCGAAUUGAACCAGGAGACAUGCUUCUGCAGGUGAAUGAUGUCAAUUUUGAGAACAUGAGCAAUGAUGAUGCAGUACGGGUUUUACGGGAAAUAGUCUCCAAACCAGGACCUAUCAGCCUAACAGUAGCCAAAUGCUGGGACCCUACUCCCAGGAGUUAUUUCACCAUCCCCAGGGCUGAACCAGUGAGGCCAAUUGACCCUGCAGCAUGGAUCUCUCAUACCACAGCCAUGACGGGAGCGUACCCCCGUUACGGUAUGAGCCCCUCCAUGAGCAUCACCACAUCUACCAGCUCCUCACUAACAAGCUCAAUUCCCGAUUCGGAAAAAUUAGAAGAAUCUCCCUUAACUGUGAAGAGUGACAUGGCUACUAUUGUCAAGGUUAUGCAGUUACCAGACUCAGGCCUUGAAAUUCGGGACAGGAUGUGGUUAAAAAUUACCAUCUCCAACGCAGUGAUAGGAGCAGAUGUGGUUGACUGGCUUUACACACACGUGGAAGGCUUCAAAGACCGACGAGAGGCUAGAAAAUAUGCCAGCAGCAUGUUAAAACAUGGCUACCUCAGGCACACUGUGAACAAAAUCACCUUCUCGGAACAGUGCUAUUAUGUCUUUGGAGACCUCUGUGGCAAUAUGGCUGCACUGAACCUUAACAAUGGUUCUAGCGGAGCCUCGGAUCAGGAUACCCUUGCUCCACUUCCACAUCCUGCUGCUCCCUGGCCUUUAGGCCAAGGAUACCCAUACCAAUAUCCUCUGCCCCCUCCAUGUUUUCCACCAGCAUACCAAGACCCAGGCUUUAGCUAUGGUAGUGGCAGUGCAGGAAGCCAGCAAAGCGAAGGAAGCAAAAGCAGCGGCUCGAACCGAAGCAACAGUGAGAACAGCAGGAGAGCUCUUGGCAGAGAGAAGGACCGCAAGUCGGCUGGCAGCGGCAGCGAGUCUGACCACACUGCCCGCAGCGGUGGCACCAGUGUCAUGCGUCGGGAGAGGCCUGUCAGCCAGCUCAGUCACCGGAGUCAUG